UUCUUUGAAAUAUUUCAGUCCUAUAUAAGUGAAAAACGUUCAGUUCAAUAUUUAUUGUAUACAAAAAUGGAAUUCGUUUCAAAAAAAAUAAAACAAUCUGAAUUUUUGCAAGGAUCUUCUGCUGCCACAUUGCCAGGCAGUUCGAAUUGCUUGUCUAGUAUCGAAAGUUCUUUAUUAUACCAUUCAGAGCGCAAAUUUCACGAUGAACAGCAUAUUCAAGAUAUGAGACGGGGACGCGAUAGUCUAGGUCUAGCCGUACCCUUGCGCAUCAAUAUGGAUCGUUUUGCUGCAAAGCGUGUGGGCCGUUUGCCAUUUCUGGCAUCUAGCAAUCUAAUGGAUGAUAUUCUAACUGGACGUUGUGAUACAAUAUUCUAUGAAGAUUUCAUGAAUUUGCCAGAGUAUAUGGAGGAUAUGUCUCCACCGCAUAAAGUGGUUGAGAAAGCAUUUGGUAUAUAUAAGGACUAAUACUAAUUUGGUGUAGCUUUUCAUCAUAGUUUCUAUAUUUUCAAUAAACCUUAGAACAACUAA